AUGAGUGAAGAUCGCUCCGAUUCUAUCUUAAGCGUGUUAGGAAAACUUGGUAUAGUUCCUAUCUACGGUUGGAAAGCCCGUUUCGACUGCAAAAAUAAAGUAAAAUGCCGUCCAUUUACUGUCCCUCGACCCUCUCAAAUGAAAGAUGUCUUGGGAAUGUCCUUCAGGUACACUUUUCGGUUUUACAUACAAAAGCGUUUUGUUGAGCAACGAUUGCCAUUUAUCGAUCCGGUUACUCAUGUCCCCUGGAGGCCCAUCUAUGGCGUACCAAUGGGUGGUAUUGGCAGUGGAUCUAUUGGGCGUGGAUUUCGUGGAGAGUUUUGCCGUUCUAGCUUGAUACCAGGAAUGUACUGUUACGAAGUACAACCUGCUGACCAAUUCAUUGCAACAAUAAGAAAAAACGGUGUGGUUGUUUAUCACCAAGUCCUGUCACCCUUAACUAAACCCCCAACAAAUGGAAAUGGAUUAAGAAAAUGGACAUGGGGUUUUCCUGCGAAAAAUGGUAAUUAUGUUGGUUUGUAUCCUCGAUCAUGGACCAUAUAUGAAAUUCCUGAACAUCAUCUUGUAUUAGUGUGCCAGCAAAUAUCUCCAGUGAUACCACAUGAUUACGAGGUGGCAUGUUUUCCACUUACUGUGUUUUAUUGGAAGAUUUUAAGUUGGAACAAAGAAGAUUUAGUUGUUACUAUCACCUUUACAUGGCGUGGUCCUAGUCCUAACAAACGGAGCAAAACAAGCGAUCUUACAAAACUUGUGUCAGUGGGUGAAAACAUCGACGAUCACAAUUCUAAAAAUUCAAAGACUAAUACUAAUACUGCAAGUUCUACUACUACUAGUACAUCGUCUUCAAUCGAGAAUCCUUUCUGCGUUUAUCCCCAGCGAUCUUCACCUUUUGCUACCGGUAGUAAUUUAAUGGGAUGUCUUCUGGAAAGAAUUGUUGGGAAUGAAUUACCCUGUUGUUUUGGUAUCGCAGCUAAAUCAACGGAUAAGGUUAAAGUCAGUAGAUGUCCUGGAUUUUGCUUUAAUGCUGAACAAAAGCAAAGUGCCAAUCACACAGAAGUCAACGGAAAUGAUCAUUCAGAUGUCAUAACUUAUCAUUCAUACAAUAAAGCACCAUCUGCUUCAACAUUUUGGAAUGACCUCCAAUCUGGUUGUAUGCCAGCCGAUGAUCCUACAACCGGUUAUACAGUGUCAUUCAGUGCUGAAGCAAAAAAGUCACCGAAACUUGCCAUUGCUGUAAGCGCCACAACUACUGCCCCAAUGUGCAAUACUAACGAAACAUGUGAUCCUAGUCAAAGUGAACUAGAAUUUGCUGUCACUUGGCACUCACCUGUAGUGAAAUUUCGAACAGGUGAUGUCAUUUAUACCCGUCGAUAUGUUCGUUGGUUUCCUGUUGAUGGAAUAUCUGGAGCUAAAUUAUUAUUAAAUUAUGCAAUAGAAAACUGGAGACAAUGGGUUCGAAAAAUUGAAGAAUGGCAAAAUCCUAUUCUUAAUAACAAAUCACUUCCAAAUUGGUAUAAAUCUGCUCUAUUCAAUGAGUCCUACUAUCUCAGUGAUGGAGGUACUGUAUGGCUUGAUCCUAAACAAGUUGAUUGUUUUCAGUCAGAUUUAAUCAAUUGUAUCCCACUUGAUCUAGUUAGAGGCUAUAAAAAUUGUGUUGAUCUGGAUCCCUAUGAAUUAACUGGUCGUAAGAUAAAGACGCCCACUUCAGUUACCGAAGAGAUUAAAGUUGACUCUUGGGAUCAUCGUGCAAGGUUGGCACGUGAAAUCGGUUUAUUUGGAUAUCUUGAAGGUCAUGAAUAUCGAAUGUACAAUACAUAUGAUGUGCAUUAUGAUGCAUCAUGGGCUCUUAUUAAACUAUGGCCUAAAUUACAAUUAGCUGUAAAUUAUGAUUGUGCUGAUUUAGCAAUAGCUGAAGACUCAACAGCUGUCUACUUUAUUCAUCGUGGACAAACGCUAUUUCGAAGCUCAGAAUGCUCUGUUGUACAUGAUUACGGUGAUCCAGAAGAUGAACCUUGGCGUUGUCCAAAUGCCUAUAUUAUGUUUCCUACAGAUGCAUGGAAAGAUUUAAAUUCAAAAUUUAUUCUACAAGUAUGGCGAGAUUGGCGGCUGACUCAAGACUAUCAAUACUUGCUGUAUAUGCUUCCUAUAGUUUCUAGAAUCUUAAGAAAAUCUUUGGGUGCUUGGGAUACUGACAAUGAUGGAAUAAUUGAGAAUUCAGGCUUUCCUGAUCAAACCUACGACACAUGGACAGCGAAAGGUUUAAGCGCUUAUACCGGUGGUCUUUGGCUGGCUUGUCUGUAUGCUACUUUUGAUAUGUUGUCUUGUGCAUUGCAUACAGAUUCACCUGUAUAUGACCAGAUGAUUAGUAAUACAGACGAUACUCAUCGUUUGUGGAGUGAAGUAAAAGAUGAAAUCCAAAAGUUGUUUAUAAAAGCCCGCGUUACAUAUGAUUCAAAAUUAUGGACAGGUUUGUGUUACGCGUAUCAAACAAAUAAUGAAUCUAGUAAAGAAGUCGUUAUGGCCGGUCAAUUGAGUGGUUAUUGGUUUACGCGGGUAACUGGAGUACCACCAAAUUUAAUUUUACCUAGAAAUCAUGUAAUAAAAUGUCUAGAAACAAUAUCUAAUUGUAAUUGGCAUGGUGUAAAAAAUGGUGAUUUAGGAGCUAUAAACGGUUGUUUUCCAGGCUCAAAACUUGAUGUUAGCAACGUUCAAGCUGAAGAAUUUUGGGUUGGUGUUAAUUAUUCACUUGCCUCUCUCAUGAUAGCUGAGGGGAUGAUUGAUGAAGGAUUUGCUAUUGCUGAGAAAUGUUAUAAUACAGUCUAUAACCUUUAUGGAUUGCAUUUUCAAACGCCUGAAGCCUACAUGACUGAUGGACGUUUUCGUUGUCCAGGAUAUAUGCGCCCACUAGCUAUUUGGAGUAUUCAGCAGACAUUGGAACUUUCCGGUAUACAUCCAUACUCAAACAUUACAAAUAGUAGUAUGAAAUUCACUGAUAUUUAG